GAAAAACCCCAUCGUGUCGCACGUGUAUAAUUUGCAAACAUUUUAAUUUUCCAUUAUUUACUUUGCCUAAGCUGCCAAAAUGAGUUCAGAUGAGUCCAGCGAUGGCAUGGAAGAGCUCAAAGAGCUGAUGGCUGUUUAUUCCAACAACGAAAACCGUAAACCAGCCGCCAGAGAAAACCGAAAGAAGGCAGCAGCUGGGCCGCCGCCGUCAUAUGUGGAAGUGCCCAUGGAAAAAGUAAUUUUCGGCGAUAAGCAGAAGUUUUUGUCGAAUCUAGCAAAGUCUGUGGGCAAGAAGUGGAAUCCCAGCGAUGACGAAGAUGCUGCUGGGAGCAAAGACGAUGCGGAACAUACUGCAGGCAAACGAAAGGCAGCCUGGACAGACUCCGACGACGAAGAUAUACAGCUGGGCGAUGUGAAGCGUCCCACGAAGCACACUGGACCGCUGACACACUUGCGCAAGGACAAGUCAUACAAGGAGUAUCUGACAGCGCGCUUCCAGCGCAAUUUGAACCAACCCAAGUGGGCUGAGAAGCAGCAGAAUGACGACUCGGGCUCAUCGUCGGACGAAGAGCUGCUGAAGACUGUUGGCUUCAUAGAUCACAAGGCCAAGAAACGUGAGCUGCGAUCCAAGACACUGAACUUCAAGCGUGUCAGGGAUCUGAACCGAGCCACAUACUGCGAGGGGUUCGUCACCAGCGUGCAGUUCCAUCCCACCAGCACAGCGGCUCUGGUGGCGGGAGAGAACAGCUUGGCCACCAUCUAUACAGUCGACGGACAGAAGAACGAGAAGCUGCACAGCAUGCGCUUCAGGAAAUACCCACUGCUCUGCUCCCGCAUCGCACCAUGCGGCACCAAAGCCUUCUUCGGCUCUGUCCGAUCGCACUUCUACGCCUACGAUCUGCUCGAGGCCAAGGAGACGAAGCUGUACCUGCCAGGCGACAUACGCUCAAUGCAUCGCUUUGAGGUCUCGCCCUGCGGCAAGUACAUAGCGGUGGCUGGCAAAUUCGGUGCUGUCCACCUGUUGACCGCCAGCACCAACGAGCUGCUGCACAGCUUCAAGCAGGAGGGCGCAGUGCGAGGACUGGCCUGGACGGCCGACUCGAAGCGGCUGCUAUGCUGCGGAUCCAGCUGCAAUGUCAACAUUCUGUCGCUGCGACAGAACGUCAUCGAGCACUACUUCAUCGACGACGGCUGCAUCAACGGACAGUGCGUACAGCUGGCGCCCAAUCAACGCCUCCUGGCCACCGGCAGCAACGAGGGUGUUGUCAACGUCUACGACUACGAGAGCAUCUUCAAAUCCCAGACUCCGAUGCCCGAGAAGCGCUUCAUGAAUCUGCGCACGGCCAUCACGGACCUUCAAUUCAAUCACUCCUCGGAGUUGCUGGCCCUGAGCUCCAAUCUGGCACCGAACGCCGUCAAGUUGGCCCACUUCCCCAGCGCCACCAUCUACUCGAACUUCCCGGACCAGAACGAUAGCGUUGCCUUCGUGAAUACGAUGGCCUUCUCACCGCACAGCAGCUUCCUGGCCUUUGCCACCAAGGGCAAGCGAGUGCCCCUGUUUAGACUUAAGUACUUCAAGGGCUACUAGCCAUUGGACAAUGUUCUGUUCCCCCAUUAUCGUUCCGAGAGUAAAAUCAUUUUGUAUAUAGUUACAA